UUGCAGGAUGCUCAUUUUAUUGUUUUGCUGCAUACAAUACGUUCAAGCAGUUGGUCAUUGGACGGUCGAUUUACAGUAUUCAGCUUCAGAUACAGACGAUUUCAUUUUGCUUGGUACUAUAACUGUGGAUAGGACACUUGAUAAUAAUUAUACAGCUUAUUUUGAAUCUUCUGUUAAUCCAAGUAAAUGGCAAAGUGAUCUCUUGCAAGCUGCAAAGAAUGGAUGGACUUACCGCGUUAGAGUCGAUAGUGAUAAAGAAGAUGUACAAGGUUACAAUGAACCGUGUUUGAUGCUGCGAGCUAACGGAGUUCAUCAUUUUCGGGUAUUUUUGGACCCUGAUCACCAGAAUUUGCAAUCUUUGGCUAUUUUUCCGGAGAAUUUAUUUACCGUUGGAACAAAUUACCACUUUUGUGAAACAGAUUCGUUCACAGAGGGUAGCAAAAUAAGAGGAUCGGUUAUAGUGAACACAAUUAAUGAAUUGCCCCUGCCUGAUGCAGUUUCAUAUAUUCGAAAGAUGGAAAAAGAGCGGCAAGCGAGGCAGCAUGGAGCUCAGCAGGACAAUCGAACGUUUAUCCAGAAAUAUUGGAUGUAUAUAGCUGCAGCAUUAAUUUUUAUGGUCAUUUCUAAUGCUACAACUGCUGAACAAAGUGGAGAGUAGAAAUUAUUUCCUUCAUGGAGCGGAAGAAUAAAAUUAUGAUUAUAUUUCUUGUUAUAUUUAUACUUGUUGUAUUCGUUUUGAAUUCCACUGCUUUUGUACAAACGGUCGUAAGUAUUGUGACUCGUAUUUCGAAUAUUUCCGUAGGACAAUAAUUGAAACUCAGUAAUAAAAUACAAUAUAUGCA